GUAACAGCUGUCGCCGCCGCUUCGAUUCCCGGAAAACUGAAUUUUAUUUUGGAAAAAUAAUGCCGCAUUCCAUUAAUUAGGAUCUCCAGAAGAAUCAAACGAGCAAUAUGGAUGCAAAAUUCUAUAAACUUCUACUGCUGGGUGGAGCCGUGCGCUUCUACUUCGUGCGUACACCGCUGGCGUCGCUUAUCAGCGAUCGGGUGGAGUUUGCUACACCUUUAAAUUCCCAAAAGCGGAUGAAGGAAGGCAUCUACCUGCUGGACCAAGGAAUUGACCCGUACAGUGGCGACCUUGUGCAUGAGAGCCCCCUGGUGCUGAAAGCGUUGUCCGGGCUGUUCCUAAACUUUCCCCAGUGGCUGCCAUUAAUCUACAUACUGCUCGAUCUGUUGACGGGGGCGCUACUCUACAACCUGAGCGUACGUUUUGUGAAGCAAAAGCUGCAGAAGCAGCGCCUGGAACGCAAGAAUUAUGCCAAAGACACCGAGCAGCUGCAGUACAACGACGACGACAACUACGAUAUACCGGAGCUCGUGCUGAUUGCAUAUCUAUUCAAUCCACUGACUGUGCUGAGCUGCAUUGGCCUGACGUCGACCGUGCUGAGCAAUCUGUUUCUGGCUCUGUUCCUGUACUUCCUCACGAAAGGGCUGCUGCUACCGUGCAUCGUUCUGUUGGCCUUUGAGACUGUGCGCAGUCUCUAUCCAAUUGUGCUGAUGGCACCGCUGCUCUUGGUCUUUGCACGUCGCUCACUCAUUGGUGGCGUCAUGCUAUCGGUGCUCUUUGCCAUUGCAUGUGUUAUCAUAGCGACAGCCAGCUAUUUGGUGCUGCACAGCUGGAGCUUCCUGGAUGGAACACUGGGAUUUAUCUUUUAUUUCCGCGAUCUGCAGCCAAAUAUUGGACUAUUUUGGUAUUUCUUUACCGAAAUGUUCGAGCAUUUCCGCACCAUGUUCCUAAUCACAUUCCAGCUGAAUGCCACAGUUCUGUACCUGGUGCCGCUCAGUCUGAAGCUGCGCAAGGAGCCUUUGCUGCUGGCCACCGUGCUGGUGGCGCUCAUGGCAGUGUUUCGUGCAUAUCCAAGCCUCGGGGAUGUGGGAUUCUACCUAGCAUUGCUGCCGCUCUGGAAACGUUGCUGGAAGUACAUGGCCCAUGGCUUCGUGGUCUUCACGUUCUUCAUGGUUACUCUGUCCAUGAUGGGCGCCCUAUGGCAUUUGUGGAUCUACGCGGGAUCGGCCAAUGCCAACUUUUAUUUUGGCGCCACGCUGGCCUUCUCGACGGGUCAGAUAUUCCUCAUCACAGACCUGCUCUUUGCGCACGUGAAGCGUGAGUUUUGUCUGUACAAUGGCCAGAAGAUAAUGAUCGAUGGGGAGGAGGCGCGCAUACUCUUAAAAUAAACAAGCAAAAUGCUAACAAUAUCAAAUUAACAAAACA